GCGGGCAGCCACCUCCGCGCUGGUGCCCCAUCCCCGAGCCGCUGCCUUCCCGUCUGCCCCGGUUGAGAGCGGCUCAGCUCGAGGCACCGUCUACCCCUCCCCCGGGGGGCGUAGAGACCCCCCGCCAACGCGGAGGGGCGGGGUAGGGGGCCAGGGGAAGAAGAUGGCGACGCUGGGCAGCGAGCCCCAACCUUUCGCCCCUGCGCUCCCAGCUGCAGCUUUGCACCAGCAUCAUCACCAUCAUCAUCACCAUCAUCACCAUCUUCAGCAUCACGGCGGGGCUGGGACCGGCGCUGGCGUUGGGGCCGGAGCCGGGGCGGGGAGCACCGGAGGAGGCUACAACCUGCCUCUGAACCGAGGUCUGGAGCGGGCGCUCGAGGAGGCGGCCAAUUCCGGGGGGCUCAACCUCAGUGCCCGCAAAUUAAAGGAGUUUCCCAGGACCGUAGCCCUCGGACACGACCUCUCGGACACGGUGCAGGCAGAUCUCUCUAAGAACAGAUUGAUUGAAGUUCCCAUGGAAUUGUGCCAUUUUGUGUCUCUAGAGAUACUAAAUCUGUAUCACAAUUGUAUCAAAGUUAUUCCAGAGGCCAUCAUCAACUUGCAGAUGCUGACUUACUUAAACUUAAGUCGAAAUCAGCUGUCGUCAUUGCCAGCCUGCCUGUGUGGUCUCCCUCUCAAAGUCUUAAUUGCAAGUAACAACAAGCUUGGAUCUCUUCCAGAAGAGAUAGGUCAACUCAAACAGUUAAUGGAAUUGGAUGUCAGCUGCAAUGAGAUCACAGCUUUGCCUCAGCAGAUAGGACAACUGAAAUCUCUAAGAGAACUGAACAUCAGAAGAAAUUACCUUAAAGUUUUACCACCAGAACUUGUAGAUCUUCCCUUGGUAAAAUUUGACUUUUCCUGCAAUAAAGUGCUCGUGAUUCCGAUUUGUUUUAGAGAAAUGAAGCAGCUGCAAGUGUUAUUGCUUGAGAAUAAUCCCCUUCAGUCCCCUCCAGCACAGAUUUGUACAAAGGGAAAAGUGCACAUAUUCAAGUAUCUGAGCAUACAGGCCUGUCAGAUUAAAUCAACAGACUCACUUUAUCUUCAUACUAUGGAAAGACCAAAUUUACAACAGCAUGUGGAAGAAAGCAAGAAAGAUUCUGAUUCAGGAGUUGGAAGUGAUAAUGGAGAUAAACGUUUAUCUGCCACUGAGCCUUCUGAUGAAGAUACUGUCAGCCUUAAUGCACCAAUGUCAAAUAUCAUGGAAGAAGAGCAGAUUGUAAAGGAAGAUUCAUGUCAUCGCCUUAGCCCAGUCAAAGGGGAAUUUCAUCAGGAAUUUCAUCAAGAGCCUUCCCUUUUGACUGACAAUAAUAACUCAGGAGAAGAAAGAGAACAGUUCACAGAUGAAACUGAUGCCCUGUCUACUAAAUUUAUUAGCUAUAUCAAGGGCAGAACAGACGACUGUGAUGAAUUGUUACGGAUAGAAGAGGACACACACUGGCAAACAGAGCGAAUGAACAACUUAUCAGAUAACCAAGAUGUGGAUAUAGCAAUGAUAGACCAACUUAGAGAAGCAGUAGAUUUGUUACAGGAUCCCAACAGAUUAGCUACAGAUAUUACAGAGAGAAGUGUCAUGAACCUCUAUCCCAUGGACUCAGCAACAACCUUAGAAUUACAGGAUUCUACAAUAAAUGGUCAGAUACAGCUAGAAUCAUCUCCUGAUUGUCAGGUGCAAAAUGAUCUGGCUUUAGGAAGUAUAGGGAUCCGAUGUUCUCAAAAUGAGAGUAAAGAGAACUCCCCUGCCAUCUCACCUACUGCAAAUAGCACAGCCCCAUUUGGACUGAAACCUCGAUCAGUGUUCAUGAGACCACAGCGGAAUUUGGAAUCCAUAGAUCCUCAGUUUACAAUUCGGAGGAAAAUGGAACAAAUGAGAGAAGAGAAAGAGCUUGUGGAGCAGCUUCGGGAGAGCAUUGAGAUGAGACUAAAGGUCAGCUUACAUGAAGACCUAGGAGCAGCUCUGAUGGAUGGCGUGGUCCUCUGUCACCUUGUUAAUCAUAUCCGUCCUCGAUCCGUAGCAAGUAUUCAUGUCCCCUCACCAGCAGUGCCCAAACUCAGCAUGGCCAAAUGCAGAAGAAAUGUGGAAAACUUUCUGGAAGCAUGCCGAAAAUUAGGAGUUCCAGAGGAAAAACUUUGUCUACCGCAUCACAUCCUUGAGGAAAAAGGCCUCGUCAAAGUGAGCAUUACAGUUCAAGCAUUACUAGAUGUCACUAUAACAAAGGCAUUAUUCACAUGAAACCACCAUCUCUCCUGUAAAUCACCCCAACUUCUCUACCAGAGGUCAAGAACUUUGCUCCUGAAUUCAGUUACUCCCUUCCCACAGCACUCCUCCAAAUUGUCAGUCCAGAAGCACAUUGAAAAUACUUCCACUGGGAGGGAGAGAUUCUUCCUUUCCGACCUGAAAUCUAGCCAAGAGACUAGCCAAGAAUGUUGCCACCAAGAACCAGCAACUAUUGAGAAAUGAGCACUUCCAAUGUACGGAGCUUUCUCCCUCCCUUCUAUUCAUAUUCACCCGCUGCCUUUACCAAAGCACCAAGGACAGCUGUUUUUGCAGCCAAAUGCAUUCAUUUUAUUAGUACCAAACUCAUACAUUUUGGGGGGAGGGGAGUUAGGGGUUUUCACCAUCAGAUUUUUUCAGGAUGUUGCUUCAGACCCAUUGCCUUUUAAAAACUAUUUAGAACAUACAAAAUAUUUAUAUAAAUAUUAUUUAUUAGUAAGUUGUUAUUCAUCCUUUGGAUGCAAAAUGUAAA